AUGAACGCCAUAACGGUGAACAAACAGGGAAUAGGCUUUCUUGAACCGACAGAUAUCUUGAAUCUUUAUUGUGUUGAUUUUCAAUUUCUACUCGACUUUACUAUUACUUCGCUGCCGUUUAUGGAGCUAGAACUCGUUGGUGGACAUGUUGGCUUUCCUGACAAGUUACACGAGAGGAGAAUUGUACUUUUUCCAAAUGGGGAUAUAAUUCGUAACCUGUCGCAGCAAAUUUCCCCAUGUGCAAUCGAAGUCGUUACUUGUUGUCAUAUCACGGUAAGAUGUUUACUUUUUAUCAACUAUAUUUCUGGUGUUUUGGUAUUGUAGUAUGGAUUUUAGCCUUUUUAUUGCCUCUUGAGAAUCCAAUUUCAAUUGAUAAUUAAUAAUAAAUAAUAGUAGCAAUAUUUUCUCUGGGGUUUAAUAUAAUAUGCAUUUGGUCCCCAUGGCCCAUGGUGAUUAUAUAUUUGUGCAUAAACAGCUCAAAGAUGUACGUGUAUUAUCUUAAUGUGCGAUGUGUGUGGACCAAUACUAGGGUCAUGUAUCAGUCCAAUCCUGUCCAUUCUGACCCCCCAUCCAAGUGUAUACACCCUUGUGUAUUUGUAAGCUUAUUUAUGCUUGGCCGUGCAAGGGGGAGAUAACCCCUUGUAAAAUUUACUCAAAAUCUACUUGUCAGCCUGGGGCUAUUGACAUUAGAAAAUCUCAGUGUUUAUAUGAUGGUGGCCAUUCUGAUGAUGGUGGCCAUUCUGAUGAUGGUGGCCAUUCUGAUGAUAGUGAAAUAAUUGAACAUGCUGUCAAUGAUCACAAUGAUAGUUCAGUAACUGAUGAUGGACAAGUGAACAUGGAACACUUAGAUCAUGUUGCAGAACAUGAAGAACAACAAUAUUCAGAAAAAUUCAAGCUGAAAGGAACUAGUUUUCAUAAUCACUUUCAAAGCGCAUUACGAAAUUUUAAAUUCUGUCAACUGAGUGAACUAGAACCUCCAGCACUAUCACUACAUUUUGAGCCUGUAAAUAAACGGGAUGAAAAUGCGAUUGUCAUUGCAGAAAUUGAUGGUACUACUGAUCCUAUAGGAUAUACCUGGUUCUUAAUUUAA